AAGGCGUGCAAUGAAAAAUGCAAAAUGGGCCUUCAAAAGCUACGUCGGUGCAAAACAACCAAAUACGCAGUAGAUAGAGGUAAUCCCAAUAAUUUGGUUUAAAUGGUGGGUUUGGGUUUGAGUUUGAUGCAGUAUGUGGGUGUAGCCUUGACAUCAUCGUGCCCUAAGGUCCGAAUCCAAUGUUCCUCCAACGUUGGGGUGUCUAGGCAGCAAGUGUUGGAGAAAGUGGACAAGGAGCUAGCAAGAGGUGAUGAUAGAGCUGCGCUCACACUUGUGAAGGAAUUGCAGGGUAAGCCUGGUGGGCUUCGGUGUUUCGGUGCAGCCAGACAGGUGCCUCAAAGGCUUUACACCUUGGAUGAAUUGAGGCUAAAUGGAAUUGAAACUUUGUCUCUUCUGUCGCCCGUCGACACCACUCUUGGUUCAAUAGAGAGAAACCUCCAGAUUGCUGCUAUUGUGGGAGGGCUUGCUGCAUGGAAUGCCUUUGGAAUUUCCCCACAGCAACUAUUCUAUAUAUCACUCGCGUUGCUAUUUCUGUGGACACUAGACACGGUUUCUUUUGGUGGAGGUAUUGGUAGCUUGGUUGUUGAUACGAUUGGUCACAGCUUCAGUCAGAAAUACCACAAUAGGGUUAUUCAACAUGAAGCUGGUCACUUUUUAAUUGCUUAUCUGGUAGGAAUACUUCCUAAAGGAUAUGCUAUUUCUAGUUUGGAUGCUCUACAGAAGGAAGGAUCUCUGAAUAUUCAAGCUGGCACAGCCUUUGUGGAUUUUGAGUUUCAAGAAGAAGUUAAUACGGGAAAAGUAUCAGCUACAACAUUGGACAAAUUUUCGUGUAUAGCAUUGGCUGGGGUGUCUACCGAGUAUCUUAUAUAUGGAUUUGCUGAAGGAGGUCUGGAUGACAUAAGAAAGUUGGAUUUAUUGCUCAAGGGCCUAGGUUUCACCCAGAAGAAGGCAGAUUCUCAAGUUAGAUGGUCUUUGCUAAAUACGGUCUUGCUCUUGCGUAGGCAUGAAGCAGCUCGAGCUAAGCUUGCAGAGGCAUUGUCAAUGGGAAAAUCUGUAGGAUCCUGCAUUGACAUUAUAGAGAAUUCUAUGGAUGUUUCAGAUCUCUAACUGAAGAUUGACCCCCCUUGAUUCUUCAACUACUCUAAACUUUGCUUCUGGAUAUGUUGAUUCAUAUUUCCAUGAAUUUUCAUUUGGUAUUAUUACCUUGGUCGGUUCUUGGAGCAAAAUGGGAAUAUCUUGUUUUACAGUGGAAAGCAGGAAUUCAAUACAGUUUAUUGAUUCUUCUGGUUAUCACUUUCGGAGGCUGUGUCAAAGAUCAUUUGCAAUGAGAGAAAAUGACAAUCUUGUUUAUUAUUUAUUGUA